UCGUGCUCCUCGAACUCGAAUUGAGAGAGGAUAGAGAGAGGGUUUGGGGAAAAUGGGAGGGAGGGAAGAGUGGAUAGUGAAAGUGAUCAGUGGUCGCUCCGGCUGUUGACCACCGGCAAUGCCCUUUUUCAGGCGCCGCCUCCGACAUCGGGAAAUCCUUGAAUAGUUAAGAAGGGGGGAGAAAGGGAGAGAGAUAGAGAGGGCUGCGUGAUGGAGGGGUCUCCGCAGAAGAAGGAUCUGAUCGUCGGCCUCCGCCCUCUUCAUCAUCGCGAUGGAGAGGGCGCCUCUGCCGCCAAUGUUGCCGUUGAAUCUUCACCCUCCCUGCGUUCUCCUAUAGUACAGGAUUCUCCUGUUUUCAAUUACCUUAGCAAUCUUUCACCUAUCAAGCCUAUCAAAUCUGCUCAUGUUGUGCAAGCAUUUGGUGAGUUCAAUUUGCCACCACCAGCCACUAUUUUCACAUCACCCCGUGAUGUUUUGAAGAGAGAAACAAUUUUGAGAAGGACGAUGUGUUCUGAAUCAUCUGGUCCUGAAAGUUUUUCUUCUAAACAUGAAAGGGAAGGUGCUGCAAUUCCAUCAUGUUCUGAUGGUGUUGGACGGAUCAAAGUUGGUUCACUAGCUCAACAAUUUGAGAUGAUACCAUGUUUCCAAAAGAAAUUGAGUGAUCAGGACUCAUUGCAGUUUGAUACUGGUAGCCCAUCUGCAUGUAUUGGUGACUUUCUUGCUCAUUCUGUAGACGAUGGUAGUAAGAGUGAUGAUUCACCUGAUACAUGUUGCAAACAAGCCACUGAGCAAUCACAAAUUCAACAGUCUAGCUGUGUCUGUGCCUCUUUAAGCAAUGAUGAUGAUGCGGUCAGUAUAAAAAAGGUGAGGAGAUUAAGGGAAACCAUGCUGAAGGUGUCAGAUGAUGUCACAUAUAUUCAUUCUGAUAGUGCAGGAGAACAAGUAUUGCUUCAAGUUGCAACCGCAGAAGAUACUGGCACAAAGGAGAUUGGUGGACUGGAAGAAGAAAAUGAAAAUGUGGUGGACGAGAAGUGGACUGAUGUACUUGUUCAGGACAGUGAUGCUCUUUUUGAUCCUAAUCUCUCUCUUCAAUCACAUCCCUCUGAAAGCCAGCAGUCAGAAAACCAGGAUCAUGAAGGGGCUAAUGCUUUUUCUUGUGGUGCAUCUGAUGGCAAGGAAAAUGCAGCUGCCCUUGACAAGUCACAAUCUUUUACUUUGACUAAUGCCUGCCAUAACCACAAUGCCAAUGGAGAGCAGCCAAAUGGUUGGGAUUGUACUCCUCAGCUAGUGCCACAAUCUUUAAUGUCUGUUGAGAAUGAUAAUCCUAAUGGAAAAUUGGGAAGUUUAGAAAAUGGCCCAACCAUGGAUUGGGUGGCUUUUAUGGGCAAGAAUCAGUGUGGCAUAUCUAGGCGGUGUCUUGAUUUUGAGGCCGCAGAAGCUUGCUCACAGAACAUGAAAAGCGGCUACACCUCAUGCUCCUCUUUAAGUGCUGACGCUGACGCAGUGGAAGAUGCGCAAGCAACUGGUCUUGUUUCUUGUGCGACCUUAUUGGGUGGUGACAAGUGUAAAACUUUUACACCUAAUGAACUUGUCAGUGCCUCACAUCAUACAUCUUCCAAGCUCUCAUCUUCUAUGUAUGGUCAGUCCCUUUCUGGGAUAAUUGACACUUCCACCCAGAAGAAUGGAAGCUCUACCAUGGCAUGUCCAAAGCCGUCUGGAAUUGGUUUACACCUAAAUAGCAUUGGAAGUACAGCCGUAAAGCAUUCUCCUUGCCAGAUCCCUUGUAGAAAUGGUCACACACCUAUACAGGAAAACGAUAUAUCUUCUGUAGUCAGCCGGCAUCCAUCAGAUGGUCUGAAAUGCCACUUCCAGGACUCGGACUUAGUUGAGAAGUCAAAUUAUGGUUCUCCUGUUUCCCAGAGCAUCGCUUCAGGUGCAGAUAUGAAUCAAGAGGAACCUGAAUUUGGGAGUGCUGAUCCUACCUUCAACUCCCUGUCGCUGAAUAUGGGCAUGAAUUCUGAGGCCUUUGGUGGUGAUUUAACUCCAGUUGAACGGGAAAUUAUUGCCUUGGACGAUGCAUGCAUCUAUCAGGAGGAUAUUGACCAACUGAGCUCUAAAAAGAAAAGGAAGAAGUCUGCAAAUGCUGCAGAAAAAGAAGGUUGUAAACGUUGCAAAUGCAAAAAGUCAAAAUGCUUGAAACUCUAUUGUGAUUGUUUUGCUGCUGGAGUAUAUUGUAUUGAUUCGUGUACAUGCAAAGAGUGUUUGAAUAAACCUGAAUGCAAGGAUAUGGUUAUUAGUGCACGGCAGCAAAUAGAAUCUCGUAAUCCUCUUGCAUUUGCUCCAAGAGUUGUCCAUUGGGUUGUUGAGACUACUGGAAAUGGCAGUGGUGGAGAAGUUAAGGAAACACCUCCAUCAGCCAGACAUAAACGGGGAUGUAACUGCAAGAGGUCAAGGUGUUUGAAGAAAUACUGCGAAUGCUACCAGGCUGGUGUGGGAUGUUCCGAUAGCUGCAGGUGUGAAGGAUGCAAAAACAUGUACGGACAAAAAGAAGGAUGUCUUCAACUGGACUAUAAAGCAGCUGAAGAUGUUAGAUGGAAGGACCAAGCUGAAGAUGAUUUAGCUGCUGUCAAAACUGAUAAGAAUGUCUUGCAUGCAGAGAGACGCCAUCCUAAUAACCCAUCACCUGUUACACCGUCGUUGCAAUGCUCAAGCCACGAAAAGACAGUUUCUGAGCUUCAGCUCUCAGCAAGAAACCCCCGUUCACCAGAGUCAGAACUUUCGAACCAUCACUCAGACUCACACAGGCCCUCGGCAACACCUGGAAGCACUAGCACUGACAGGUGCAUGUUUUCUGAAGAGGUACAUGGCGAUGCAGAUACUGCUGCUUGUAAACGGAGACCUAGAGGCUUGAAAUCUAAUAAAAUAGAUGAAGUUUCUCCUGGAUGGGACCAGCUUGCAGAACUGUGCUCCUUGACACCAUUGUCAUGCCCUCAGUCAACUGUUACUGUUAUUGGCUCUACUGAUCGCCAUCCAAAUCCAGGUACUGAAUCUCAAUAUAAAAGUGCACUCAUUUCUUCCCGUUCAGCUGGUUGGCAGGACUCGCCCAUUACUCCAGUGCAUCAAAUGGGCAAUAAAAAAGUGGUGCUUGAGCUGGACCCUGAUGCUGGGAUGCAUGGCCUUAUGGAUGUUGAGACACCUGAUAUACUAAACAAAACACGUUCGCCCAUCGUGGUGGCCAAGGCUGGUUCUCCUAACCAGAAACGGGUUUCAUCUCCUCGUGUUUGCUUGAGUGACUUGGCAAGAUCUACCUCUUCACCUGGCAUUCGUAGUAGCCGUAAAUUCAUUCUGCAAUCAGUACCAUCAUUCCCAUCACUCACUCCUUAUUGUAAGAGCAAGGGAAAUGAGAAAUGAAGCCAAAAGUAUUUCCCUUUGUGUGAUCAGCAUUGGAGGGGCGUGUUGUCAAGUAUGUCUUAAGUAUCAGCAUAAACCUUUUCCUUUCUCUGUUAAAUGUUGUACUGGUAGGGAGAGAGCAGUAUGUGUUGGCCAGUGGUAUUGCUGCUAUCUGCUUAUUUCAUACCAUUACUAAGGUAUACGCUGCAGAAGGUGAAAAUGCGGAAUUUAGGAUUAGGUAACAUUUCUACAGCGGAUCACAUUUUGAGGGGUGUUCUUUUUGUUCGUUGUGUAAAAUAUGAAUAAUCAAGUCCUAUGAUGGUGGAUAUUGUUUGCA